UUCUGUUUUUUGGGACCCAGCCAUGGCCCUUCUGCACUUUCUUUAAAAUACCCACUUUUCUCCUCAUCACCAAGCAGCAUUUGGCAAUAUCAGAUAUCCGCUCUAUUUAUUUUUACCUAAGGAAAAACUUCAGCUCUCUUCCCACUCCCAGCUGCCUUGCCACCCCUCCCAACCCUCGGCUUGCCCUCCACCUGGCCUGCUGGGAGCCAGAGCCCAGCAGAACCUGUUCAGACAUAUGGACAAGAAUCCUAGCGCUACAUCGCACACACAGUCCGCUAUCGUCCCGGGGCUGCCAGCGCUUCCUGGGAGUCCUGAAGCCAUCACAGUGCAGUGAGUUCAUGCACCCUCUUGCCAAGCCUCAGUCUUUGGGAUCUGGGGAGGACGCCUGGUUUUCCUCCCUCUUUCUACUGGGGUCUCCUCCUUGCCAGGCCUCCCCUGCCCCCUGGCCUCGCUCCUGGGCUCACACAUGAAGAUGCACUUGCAAAGAGCUCUGGCGAUCCUGGCCCUACUGAACUUGGCCACGGUCAGCUUCUCUCUGUCCACUUGCACCACCUUGGACUUCGGCCACAUCAAGAAGAAGCGGGUGGAAGCCAUUAGGGGACAGAUCUUGAGCAAGCUCAGACUCACCAGUCCCCCCGAGCCAUCGGUGAUGACCCACGUUCCAUAUCAGGUCCUGGCUCUUUACAACAGCACCCGGGAGUUGUUGGAAGAGAUGCACGGGGAGAGGGAGGAAGGCUGCACUCAGGAGAACACGGAGUCAGAGUACUAUGCCAAAGAGAUCCAUAAAUUCGACAUGAUCCAGGGGCUGGCGGAGCACAAUGAACUGGGUGUCUGCCCCAAAGGGAUUACCUCUAAGGUUUUUCGCUUCAACGUGUCCUCAGUGGAGAAAAACGGAACCAAUCUGUUCCGGGCAGAGUUCCGGGUCUUGCGGGUGCCCAACCUCAGCUCCAAGCGCCCCGAGCAGAGGAUCGAGCUCUUCCAGAUCCUGCGUCCCGAUGAGCACAUCGCCAAGCAGCGCUAUAUCGGUGGCAAGAAUCUGCUCACAAGGGGCACUGCUGAGUGGCUAUCGUUUGACGUCACUGACACCGUGCGUGAGUGGCUGUUGCGGAGAGAGUCCAACUUGGGUCUGGAAAUCAGCAUUCACUGCCCAUGCCACACCUUUCAGCCCAACGGAGACAUCCUGGAAAAUGUUCACGAGGUGAUGGAAAUCAAAUUCAAAGGAGUGGACAAUGAAGACGACCACGGCCGGGGAGACCUGGGACGCCUCAAGAAGCAGAAGGAUCACCACAACCCUCACCUGAUCCUCAUGAUGAUUCCUCCACACCGACUCGACAGCCCGGGCCAGGGUGGGCAGAGGAAGAAGCGGGCGCUGGACACCAAUUACUGCUUCCGCAACCUGGAGGAGAACUGCUGUGUCCGCCCCCUCUACAUCGACUUCCGGCAGGAUCUGGGCUGGAAAUGGGUCCACGAGCCUAAGGGUUACUAUGCCAACUUCUGCUCGGGCCCUUGCCCGUACCUCCGCAGUGCAGACACCACCCAUAGCACGGUGCUGGGACUGUACAACACCCUGAACCCGGAGGCGUCGGCCUCGCCGUGCUGUGUGCCGCAGGACCUGGAGCCCCUGACCAUCCUGUACUAUGUCGGCAGGACCCCCAAGGUGGAGCAGCUGUCCAACAUGGUGGUGAAGUCGUGCAAAUGCAGCUGAGGCCAGCAUGCAACCGAGGAGGAAAAACUGCCACCAAAGCGACAGACCUCAUGCUAGAGGCCUGGAGCCCGCAAGCCCUGGCUCCCGGCAAAUGGCCGAGAGGGAGGCUUCCUUCUGGAACAUUUCUUUCUGCUAGCUCUGAGAAUCACUGUGGUAAAGAAAGUGUGGGUUGGUUAGGGGAAGGCAAACUCUUGAGAACAUGGCAUUUCUGUGGUACAGACAGAGGUGGUGGGGUUGGAGGAGAAAGGAUGUCGAGGCACCAUGGUGUGUGGCAGUGGGACUGGGCUACUCUAGGGAGGAGGUUGGGUACAGUGAGGGUCAGUGAGGGUCAGACUGGAAGGCUCUUCAGAUCUGAGGUCGGCUCUGCCCAUUGAAGUAUCACAUCUACCCUAAGGGAUCAGGAUGACAUUAGAGGCAGCUGGCAUUUUCCUUCAGACAGGUUACCAAGACAAAGUCCCCCCAGAGUCAGAUCUUGCACUGCCUGGGACUAAGGACAAUCUGUUCUUUUCGCAAACUGCCCUCUCACGCCAGCAUCAUGAAUCAUGACAGAUAAUGCAAUUAGUUUCUGGGCUAGCAACUAGCUAUCUCGGGUCCUCUGGAGAUGCCGAACUCAAAAGUCAAGGUCAGAAUUUGUUCUCUCGAGUCUUCCCUCGGGGCCCCUCCUUUUGCCUUCUUCCUUGGUCGUAUUUCCCCAUGGACAUUUGGCUAGACACCUUCCAGGUAGGUCAGGGUUGGCUCUCUGGAUUGGGGGUCCACACAGCCUGGGGCAUCAGGGAUCAUUUCCCUUUUACCCUCUUAGACUCCAUGCUCCCCUGGGGUUCCUGGAAGCAGGUGCUACGUGCAAAAGUUUCUGGAGAGGCUGCGCGUGUCUGACAUGACGACUUGGCCCCAGACGCACAGACUGAGGUAUAAAGACAAACACAAAUAUUACUCUCAAAAUCUUUGUAUAAAUAAAUAUUUUUGGGGAAUCAUGGA